GAUCGAUUUCUCGCUCAGUUCCUGGACUCGAUUCCAUUUUCGCUUUCAUCAUAUCAUUGGUCUCCCUUCCCUUCUACAUUUAUUUUUCAAAUAGCCAUCACAUUCUCUCUUUCCCCUUCUUUCCCUUCUUCGCAGCCCCUCUCUCUCUCUCUCUCGCUUCAAUUCCAAAGGAGAAGGGAUACAGGGUUCCUUCGCUGCCUCAGAUCUCGCAGAGAUUAAAGUCACCCCCGAAUCGGCCUCAGUUACUUCUCUUUCAAUUUGGGAGCGAUUCACUUUACAUCUCGCAAGAUCGGACUUCUGAUCUCAGGGCCAUGGCCGCCGCGAAUGCUCCCAUCGCCAUGAAAGAAGCCCUUACGCUUCCAAGCAUAGGGAUCAACCCGCAGUUUAUCACUUUCACUCAUGUUACCAUGGAAUCUGAUAAAUACAUAUGUGUUCGGGAAACUUCACCACAGAGCAGUGUUGUAAUUGUUGAUAUGAAUAUGCCAAUGCAACCCUUAAGGAGGCCAAUCACAGCGGACUCAGCUCUUAUGAAUCCCAAUUCUAGAAUUCUAGCUCUAAAAGCUCAACUUCAGGGGACUACUCAGGAUCACCUACAGAUAUUUAAUAUUGAGAUGAAAGCAAAAAUGAAAUCAUAUCAGAUGCCUGAGCAGGUUGUGUUUUGGAAGUGGAUUACAACAAAGUUGUUGGGUCUUGUCACGCAAACCUCUGUAUACCAUUGGUCAAUUGAAGGUGAUUCUGAACCAGUAAAGAUGUUUGAUAGAACAGCUAAUUUAGCAAACAAUCAGAUAAUUAACUAUCGAUGUGAUCCAACUGAAAAAUGGUUGGUUUUGAUUGGCAUUGCUCCUGGUUCACCAGAGAGACCCCAGCUCGUUAAAGGAAACAUGCAACUAUUUUCUGUGGAUCAGCAACGCAGUCAAGCUCUUGAAGCACAUGCUGCUGCCUUUGCCUCAUUCCAAGUUCCAGGGAAUGAGAGUCCAUCUGUUCUUAUUUCUUUUGCAACAAAGACUAUUAAUGCUGGUCAAGUUACAUCAAAGUUACAUGUCAUUGAGCUUGGUGCUCGGCCAGGGAAACCAUCUUUCACAAAGAAGCAGGCAGAUCUUUUCUUUCCUCCUGAUUUUGCUGAUGAUUUUCCUGUUUCCAUGCAGAUCUCCCACAAGUACAGUUUAAUAUAUGUGAUCACCAAGCUAGGGCUGCUUUUUGUAUAUGACCUGGAAACAGCUACUGCAGUAUACAGAAAUAGGAUAAGUCCAGACCCAAUUUUUUUGACAGCUGAAGCUUCUUCUGUUGGUGGUUUCUAUGCCAUCAAUAGGCGAGGCCAGGUGCUCCUUGCAACUGUUAAUGAAGCAACAAUUGUGCCUUUCAUCAGUGGCCAAUUGAAUAACUUGGAGCUUGCUGUCAAUCUUGCAAAAAGAGGAAACUUACCUGGUGCAGAGAAUUUGGUUGUCCGACAUUUCCAAGAAUUAUUUGCUCAAGCCAAGUAUAAGGAGGCAGCUGAGCUUGCUGCAGAAUCUCCACAAGGAAUCCUCCGCACUCCUGAUACAGUUGCCAAAUUUCAGAGUGUUCCUGUACAAGCUGGGCAAACACCACCUUUACUGCAGUACUUUGGCACACUUUUAACUAGAGGGAAGCUUAAUGCAUUUGAGUCAUUAGAAUUAUCCCGCCUUGUUGUGAAUCAGAACAAGAAGAAUCUAUUGGAGAACUGGUUGGCUGAGGACAAGCUGGAAUGCAGUGAAGAACUUGGAGACUUAGUCAAGACCCUGGACAAUGACAUGGCGCUUAAAAUUUAUAUUAAAGCCAGAGCAACUCCGAAAGUUGUUGCAGCUUUUGCAGAGCGUAGGGAGUUUGACAAAAUUCUCAUAUACUCCAAGCAGGUUGGAUAUACACCUGAUUAUUUGUUCCUUCUGCAAACAAUUCUCCGUUCAGAUCCUCAGGGAGCUGUUAAUUUUGCCUUAAUGAUGUCUCAAAUGGAGGGAGGUUGCCCAGUUGAUUACAACACAAUAACAGAUCUCUUCCUCCAGAGAAACAUGAUUCGUGAGGCAACGGCAUUUUUGUUAGAUGUUCUCAAGCCCAAUCUGCCAGAACAUGGUUACCUGCAAACAAAGGUAUUGGAAAUUAAUCUGGUUACAUUUCCUAAUGUUGCUGAUGCUAUUUUAGCAAAUGGUAUGUUUAGUCAUUAUGACCGCCCUCGUAUUGCUCAACUUUGUGAGAAAGCUGGUCUUUAUGUGCGGGCUCUUCAGCACUAUACAGAAUUGCCAGAUAUUAAACGUGUCAUUGUGAACACACAUGCAAUUGAGCCACAGUCGCUUGUGGAGUUCUUUGGGACUCUUUCUCAGGAGUGGGCUUUAGAGUGCAUGAAGGAUCUUUUACUGGUGAAUCUAAGAGGCAACCUUCAGAUUAUUGUGCAGGUUGCCAAGGAGUAUUCUGAACAGUUGGGAGUUGAUGCAUGCAUAAAACUCUUUGAGCAAUUUAAGUCAUAUGAGGGGUUGUAUUUCUUCCUGGGAUCAUAUUUGAGCUCCAGUGAGGAUCCUGACAUUCACUUCAAGUACAUUGAGGCGGCUGCCAAGACAGGACAAAUUAAGGAGGUUGAGCGAGUGACAAGAGAAUCAAACUUCUUUGACCCAGAAAAGACAAAGAAUUUCUUAAUGGAAGCCAAGCUUCCUGAUGCUCGGCCACUUAUAAAUGUGUGUGAUCGUUUUGGGUUUGUUCCAGACCUUACCCAUUACCUGUACUCUAACAACAUGCUCCGCUACAUUGAAGGUUAUGUUCAAAAGGUGAACCCAGGAAAUGCUCCUUUAGUUGUAGGGCAGCUACUGGAUGAUGAGUGCCCUGAAGAUUUUAUUAAAGGCUUGAUUCUAUCUGUCCGUUCUCUGCUUCCAGUUGAACCACUCGUUGAGGAGUGUGAGAAAAGGAAUCGGCUUCGGUUACUUACUCAGUUCUUGGAGCAUCUUGUGAGUGAGGGAAGCCAAGAUGUCCAUGUUCAUAAUGCUCUGGGUAAAAUCAUAAUAGACAGCAACAAUAACCCAGAGCACUUCCUCACUACCAAUCCCUAUUAUGAUUCCCGUGUUGUGGGCAAAUAUUGUGAAAAGCGUGAUCCAACCCUUGCUGUUGUUGCUUACCGCAGAGGACAAUGUGAUGAUGAACUUAUUAAUGUAACGAAUAAGAACUCCUUGUUUAAACUGCAGGCUAGGUAUGUGGUUGAGAGGAUGGAUGCUGAUCUCUGGGAGAAAGUUCUCAAUCCUGAGAAUGAAUAUAGAAGACAGCUCAUUGAUCAAGUUGUGUCAACUGCUUUGCCAGAAAGCAAGAGCCCAGAACAAGUUUCUGCAGCUGUUAAAGCUUUCAUGACUGCUGAUCUUCCUCAUGAACUAAUUGAGCUUCUUGAAAAGAUUGUGCUUCAAAACUCUGCAUUCAGUGGAAACUCUAAUCUGCAGAACUUGCUUAUCUUGACAGCCAUUAAGGCAGAUCCAUCUAGAGUUAUGGAUUACAUUAAUAGACUAGAUAACUUUGAUGGGCCUGCUGUUGGGGAAGUUGCAGUGGAAGGUCAAUUAUAUGAGGAAGCUUUUUCCAUUUUCAAGAAGUUCAAUUUGAAUGUCCAGGCAGUCAAUGUCUUACUGGAUAAUAUCAGAAGUAUCGAUCGGGCUGUUGAAUUUGCAUUCCGUGUUGAAGAAGAUGCCGUUUGGAGUCAGGUGGCCAAGGCUCAACUGAGGGAAGGAUUAGUAAGUGAGGCAAUUGAGUCAUUUAUUCGUGCAGAUGAUGCCACCCAGUUCCUAGAUGUUAUUCAUGCUGCUGAGGAUGCAAAUGUCUACCAUGAUCUUAUGAGGUACCUUCUGAUGGUUAGGGAAAAGACAAAGGAACCAAAGGUGGAUAGUGAGCUUAUUUAUGCAUAUGCGAAGAUUGAUAGGCUGGGUGAGAUUGAGGAAUUUAUUCUCAUGCCAAAUGUUGCUAAUCUUCCAAAUGUUGGAGAUCGUUUAUUUGAUGAAGCGCUAUAUGAGGCUGCAAAGAUUAUAUUUGCAUUUAUUUCUAACUGGGCCAAGUUGGCUAGCACACUCGUUAGGCUUGGACAGUAUCAAGGUGCUGUUGAUGCAGCAAGAAAAGCAAAUAGCUCGAAGACGUGGAAGGAUGUUUGCUUUGCUUGUGUCGAUGCUGAGGAGUUCCGCUUAGCUCAAAUAUGUGGUCUUAACAUUAUCAUACAGGUGGAUGACUUGGAGGAGGUGAGUGAAUAUUAUCAAAACAGAGGGUACUUCAAUGAAUUAAUAUCCCUCAUGGAGAGUGGUUUAGGAUUAGAACGUGCUCAUAUGGGCAUCUUCACAGAGUUGGGUGUCCUUUAUGCUAGAUACCGCUAUGAGAAGCUUAUGGAGCAUAUAAAAUUGUUUUCAACUCGCCUCAACAUCCCAAAGCUCAUUCGAGCUUGUGAUGAACAACAGCAUUGGAAGGAACUGACAUAUUUAUAUAUUCAGUAUGAUGAGUUUGAUAAUGCUGCCACUACCAUCAUGAAUCAUUCUCCAGAAGCUUGGGACCAUAUGCAGUUCAAAGAUGUUAUAGUCAAAGUUGCUAACGUGGAGCUGUAUUACAAAGCUGUGCACUUCUACUUGCAAGAGCAUCCUGACCUUAUAAAUGAUCUUCUUAAUGUCAUUGCGCUUCGUGUGGACCACACACGUGUGGUUGACAUUAUACGAAAGGCUGGUCACCUGCUUCUUGUGAAGCCAUACAUGGUUGCAGUUCAGAGCAACAAUGUCACUGCUGUAAAUGAAGCUUUGAAUGAGAUUUAUGUGGAGGAGGAAGAUUAUGAGAGACUCCGAGAAUCCAUUGAUAUGCAUGAUAGCUUUGAUCAGAUUGGUCUUGCACAGAAGAUUGAGAAACAUGAGCUUCUAGAGAUGAGGCGUGUUGCCGCUUAUAUCUAUAAAAAGGCAGGUAGGUGGAAGCAGUCCAUUGCAUUGUCAAAGAAAGACAAUCUUUAUAAAGAUGCCAUGGAGACUGCCUCACAAUCUGGGGACCGCGAACUUGCAGAGGAGUUGUUUGUUUACUUCAUCGAACAGGGAAAGAAGGAAUGCUUUGCAUCUUGCCUCUUUGUCUGUUAUGAUUUAAUUCGCCCAGAUGUGGCUCUUGAACUUGCCUGGAUGAACAAUAUGAUUGACUUCGCCUUCCCAUAUCUGUUGCAGUUUAUUCGCGAGUACGCAGGCAAGGUUGAUGAACUAAUUAAGGAAAAAAUAGAGGCUCUCAAUGAAGUUAAGGCUAAAGAGAAGGAAGAAAAGGACGUAAUAGCACAGCAGAAUAUGUACGCUCAAUUGCUACCUCUUGCUUUGCCUGCACCACCCAUGCCGGGCAUGGGGGGAUCAAUGGGAGGGGGAUUUGCAGCCCCACCCCCGCCCCCAAUGGGUGGAAUAGGGAUGCCGCCAAUGCCACCAUUCGGCAUGCCCCCAAUGGGCUCCUAUUGAUAGUGUCAGUCAGUCACUGCAAGUGAAAAUUAGACGUGAAAUGGUAGCGUGGGGAAGCUAGAUGUUCUGAGUCCUCUCAAUUGUCAAAUGGUUUUUCAACUUUCAUUCUUUCUCCCAUUUUUGCCGUUUUUGAACAAAGUAUCGCAGCAAUGAGGAGGUCUAGUUUGCAAAUGAUAGUUUUUGUUUUUGUUGUCAAUUUAUAGGGUGUGGAUGUAUUCCUUUGUAAUAUUCUUUUGUUGGGUAGCAGGGUUUUUUUUUUUUCGUUUCUUUUUCUUUUUUGGAUAUUUUUUGGCAGCUGGGAUGGGUAGAAAAGCAAGAUGAGGAGCGGGGGUGGAUUGGGUCAUCUGUAUUAAUUAUUAUUAUGCUCUCUAAAGAAGGAUGGCAGAAGACCGGCAGCCCGGGUGGAGGAUAUUUCUUGCGGAUGAUGAUGAUUAGGAGGAGAAAAUGGGCAUGGGUUUUGUGGUGUUUUUGUUUCUGUCCGUCUUUAUGCUUUUUUGUAUUAGUCAAGUCAGUCCCUUGUUUCCAAAAGAAAUUUGUUUUGCUUAUUACUUUAGUCCUUUUUUGUUCAUAUUUUUUUUUCUUGGAAUCCCCGAGGGUUGCUAUGAUUAUUAUUAUUAUUAUUCUUGUUUUAA